UUCUUUCUUCGUCACCUCCGUCCUCUGAUUACAAUGGAGGAUCAAAAUCAAGACGCAUAUGAAAACAACAACCGAGAAAGAAAGAAAAUAAAAACAAAAAGGAAAGAGCUGGGACUUUCCUGCAUGCUAAACACAGAAGUAAGUGCCCUUCUCGCCGUAAUUCGCCGUCCUCCAGAACCGACCUCUCCAUACUACUUCUCUUCAGACGACCAUUUCGAUUCCGCCGCAUUACAUUCUCUGAAAUCCCUUCGAGCCUUAAUCUUCAAUCCCCAGCAAGAAUGGCACAACAUCGAUCCCGCCAUCUACAUCUCCCCAUUCCUCCACGUCAUUCAAGGCGACGACGUUCCUGCCGCCGCAACAGGCGUGGCUCUCUACGCCUUGUUGAAAAUCCUCAACCUCGAAAUCUUCGAUGAGAAGACAAAAGGAGCUAAAGAGGCUAUCAAUUCUAUCGUAACCGCCAUCGCUGGCUGCCGGUUAGAGAAAACAGAUUCUUCUACGGAGGAUGCCGUGAUGAUGAGGAUUUUACAGGUUUUAACCGCCAUAAUGAAGCACUGUGCCUCGGUUUUGCUAACCGAUCACGUGGUUUGUAACAUUGUUAAUACAUGUUUUCAAGUGGUGCAACAUUCGGCAGGGAGAGGUGAUUUGCUUCAGCGCAAUGCAAGGUAUGCAUUGCAUGAGCUGAUUCAGAUAAUAUUCUCUCGCUUGCCUGAUCUCGCCAUUAAGGAUUCUGAAUCCGAACCCGAAUCCGAAUCUGGAUCUGGAUCUGAAUCUGAGACUGGUAUGGAUGAUUCUUCUGGUGGUGAUGCUGAUGCUGAUUUGAAUUCCGGGUAUGGCAUUCGAUCUGCAGUUGAUAUCUUUCAUUUCUUGUGCUCUCUGCUCAAUGUUGUUCGAGUUGUGGAGAUGGAAGGGUCUACAUUUCAGGACCCAGAUGAAGACGUUCAGCAUUUCGCGCUGGUUUUGAUCAAUUCUGCCAUUGAAUUGAGCGGAGAAGAAAUUGGGAGGCAUUCGAAGCUUUUGAGGAUGAUUCAAGACGACCUGUUUCAUCAUUUGAUUCACUACGGGACUUGUUCGAGCCCUCUUGUCUUAUCCAUGAUUUGUAGCACUGUUUUGAAUAUCUACCACUUUCUUCGCAGGUUUAUUCGUCUCCAACUAGAAGCUUUCUUUGCGGUUGUACUGCUUAGAGUUGUUCCUCUUGCAAGCUCAAUGUCACUUCAAGAAGUUGCACUUGAAGGACUUAUUAAUUUCUGCAGGCAACCAACAUUUAUAAUUGAAGUCUACGUGAACUAUGAUUGUGAUCCCCUUAGUCGAAGUUUGUUUGAGGAAAUUGGAAAGCUACUUUGCAAGAACUCGUUCCCAAUGACUAGCCCUGUAACCACUUUACAGGUACUGGCCUUUGAAGGAUUAGCAACCAUGAUUCACAACAUUGCAGAUAAUAUUGACAAAGAAGAUGAUUCGAGCCCUAUUGGUCCGUACCCGGUUGUGAUAACCGAGUAUAGCCCCUUUUGGGAGGAGAAAUCCAAAGAUGAAUUGGAAUCUUGGGUGGACUUUGUUAGGAUAAGGAAAGCACAGAAAAAGAAAAUAUUGAUUGCAGCAAGCCAUUUCAAUAGAGAUGAAAAGAAGGGUUUGGAGUACCUGAAAUUUUCUAAGUUGGUUUCUGAUCCUCCAGAUCCAAAAGCCUAUGCUUUCUUCUUCCGCUAUACUCCUGGACUAGACAAGAACAUGAUUGGGGAUUAUCUUGGUGACCCUAGUCAUUUUAACAUUGAAGUUCUUAGAGAAUUCACAGAUACCUUUAAAUUUUCAGGCAUGGUUCUUGAUAUUGCUCUACGAUCUUAUCUAGAAACUUUUCGUUUGCCAGGAGAGGCCCAAAAGAUCCAACGGAUCCUUGAAGCAUUCUCAGAGAGAUUCUAUGAUGAACAAUCCUCAGAUGUUUUUGUAAGCAAGGACGCAGUUUUCAUUCUUUGCUACUCCGUCAUUAUGCUCAAUACUGAUCAACACAAUCCGCAAGUGAAGAAGAAGAUGACAGAAGAAGAGUUCAUCAGGAACAAUAGGGCAAUCAAUGGAGGACAGGAUCUUCCAAGGGAGUAUCUCUCUGAGCUUUUUCAUUCCAUUUCAAACAAAGCAAUCACCCUUUUUGGUCAGUCUGGUGUGUCAGUAGAAAUGAAUCCAAGCAAAUGGAUUGAGCUGAUAAACCGAUCUAAACUUGUACAACCUCUCAUACUAUGUGAUUUUGAUCGUCGGUUGGGAAGAGAUAUGUUUGCUUGCAUUGCUGGCCCCACAGUUGCUUCUCUCUGUGCAUUCUUUGAGCAUACUGAUGAAGAAGAAUUGCUCCAGGAAUGCACUGAAAUGCUAAUCUCAAUAGCCAGGAUAGCUCAGUAUGGAUUAGAAGACACUCUAGAUCAGCUCCUUGCCUCAUUCUGUAAAUUCACUACACUGUUGAAUCCGUAUGCUUCAACAGAAGAAACCCUUUUUGCUUUUAGCAAUGAUUUGAAGCCAAAAAUGGCUACACUGGCUGUUUUCACCAUCGCCAACAACUUUGGGGAAUCAAUUCGAGGGGGAUGGAGAAAUAUUGUGGAUUGCUUAUUGAAACUUAAAAGGCUAAAGCUACUUCCUCAAUCUGUCAUUGAAUUUGAUAGUGCUUCCACCUCAUCAUCUGAUGUCCCAAAGGAACCUGAAUCAGGCAUAAUCUUCCCUUCUCAUGACCCUAAAUUUGGAAGCCGCCAGGCUUCUGGCACUAUUAGUCGAUUUUCUCAUUUUCUGUCACUUGAGAGCAUGGAAGACUCUUUGUCCCUAAACCUAAGUGAAUUUGAACAGAAUCUGAAGAUCAUCAAACAGUGCCGUAUUGGGAAUAUCUUCAGUAAUAGUUCAAACUUGCCUGAUGAUGCUUUGCUCAAUCUUGGGCGCUCUCUGAUAUUUGCAGCUGCUGGAAAAGGCCAAAAGUUCAGCACACCUGUUGAAGAAGAAGAAACUGUUGGGUUCUGUUGGGACUUGGUCAUUGCCAUUGCUUUGGCCAACAUACAUAGGUUCCAGUCAUUUUGGACUAAUUUUCAUGAUUAUAUGCUAUCAGUUGCUCAGUUUCCUUUGUUCUCUCCAAUUCCAUUCGCAGAGAAGGCCAUUCUAGGCCUUUUCAAAGUCUGCCUUAAGCUCCUCAGCACAUAUCCUGUUGACAAAAUCCCUGAGGAGCUCAUUUUCAAGUCUAUCAAUUUAAUGUGGAAACUCGACAAAGAAAUUCUGGACACAUGUUGUGAGUUCAUAACACAAUCAGUGAGCAAGGUUCUUAUUGAGUAUCCUGCAAACUUGCAAACCCAACUUGGAUGGAAAUCAGUCCUUCAUUUGUUAUCAGUCACUGGGCGGCACUCUGAAACCUAUGAUCAGGGAGUUGAGGCUUUGAUCGUGUUGAUGUCAGAUGGGACCCAUGUUUCACGGACAAACUAUGUCUACUGUAUAGAUUGUGCAUUUAGUUUUGUUGCUCUCAAGAACAGUCCAUUGGAGAAGAAUUUAAAGAUACUGGACCUCAUGGCAGAUUCUGUGAAUUUGUUGACCCAAUGGUAUAAAAAUCAUCACGCAGAGAACAAUUCGAGUGUCUCAAGCAAUACAAGUAACUCCUCUUUAGAGGAAAAUUCAAAGAGUCUUGGCUCUUCAAACUUUACCUUGAAUUUAUUUCUUAAACUAGGGGAAGCACUUAGAAAGUCCAGCUUAGCCCGGCGAGAAGAGAUGAGAAACCAUGCAAUCGUAGCUCUUCAAAAAAGCUUCUCACUGGCUCAGGACUUGGAUUUCUCACCAACCAACUGUAUGAAUUGUUUUAACCUUGUCAUUUUUGCAAUGGUCGAUGAUUUGCAUGAAAAGAUGUUAGAAUACUCAAGAAGGGAGAACUCAGAGAGGGAGAUGAGAAGUAUGGAACGGACCCUAGAGAUUGCAAUGGAGCUCUUGACAAAUGUAUUCUUGCAGUUCUUAAAACAGAUAUCAGAGGGCCCUGGAUUUCGGACAUUCUGGCUAGGGGUGUUAAGAAGAAUGGAUACAUGUAUGAAAGCUGAUUUGGGACAGUAUGGUACGUCAAAAAUUGAAGAACUAGUCCCAGACUUGUUGAAAAAGAUGAUCACACAGAUGAAGGAAAAGGGUAUUUUAGUGCAGAAAGAAGGAAAGUUUUAUGAGCUGUAUGAAUUAGAUGCUGAAAUUGGCCAUGAGGAGCUUGAUUGGAAAAUGACAUCAGAGAGUAAUUUGCAUGCAAGAAUAGCUAUCCUUUCUGGUCAGGUUGGCAUAUCUGAAAGUGGGAUUGAUGAUGCUGUUCAAAAGCUUGUUGCUCAUGGGUAA